AUGAAACUGUAUAAAUAAAGAGUCAAUCACUUUGAGCAGUUACAAUAUAAAUAAUAACUGGCAAUUUCAAACUAAAAAAUAAAGCAAACAAUUGAGAGAAUUCAUUAGAGCAGCCCUUCAAUUGAUAAGACGAGUGUUUCUUUGCCGAGAUUAAAGAAAAGAAAUCAAGAAGAAGAAGAUAUCAAAAAAGAGAAUGCCAGAAUUAAAUUAAAACUCGAAACUUUGAAGGGAAACAUCAGUAAUAGAUAGUCCAAAUAUGAGAAACCAAAGCGAUAUGAAGAAGUGUUAUAAGAAUAUUUUAAAUAAAAAUUAUAACAAUAAUGA